GGACCUUGUCACGUGGUUUUGGCGCGAGAAGGAAAGGGGCGUUCCCCUUUAAACAAACAGGUGCGAGCCCCUGCGGACUAACUGUUAAACUUUAAACAAUAAUUCCCCAUAUUCUGUAUUACUGUAAACCUGUGUUCUAUCUGAACAUGCCCAGAUCGCUGCCAAAGUCAACAUACCUUCUCUGGUUGAAUGUAGGUCAAUCUGAAGUGGAAUUAGAACAUUUAAUUGUGACCAAAACCCAACGUUUGGUAACAAUGUGAAAAUCUGACUUAAUGCUGUUGGGUGUUUAUAUGUUGUAGGUAAAAUUCAACAUUUUUUCUGCUCAACGUUUUUGAUAGACAUGUGACUUUUUUCAACCAGUAUUCAAAAUCGAAUGUCUAAUUUUGGAGCCUGAUGUCAACCCAAUGUAUUAUUUACUAUAUUUAUUGUAAUAUUUUUCGUGUAUUAGUGAGAAAACAGUAACAAAAGAAAAGUGCACUGUAUAAAUCCCCAUAAUCCAUUAUUACUGUAAACCUGUGGUCUAUCUGAACAUGCCCAGCUUAUCUGGUUGAAUGUAGGUCAUGACAUCAGGUGACCAAAACUCAAUCUAAGGUAGAAUUAGAAUAUUUAAUUGUGAAGCAUGGUGACCAAAACCCAAACUGCUAACAAUGUGAAAAUCUACUGCUGUUGGGUGUUUAUAUGCUGUAACGUUAGGUAACUAAAAUUCAACGUUUUUCUGCUCAACAAUUUUGAUAGACAUGUGACUUUAUUUUUUAACCAGUAUUCUAAAUCUAACGUCUAAUGUCGGAGCCUGAUGUCAACCCAAUGUAUUUAAAAAAUAGCAAUAAUGAUCUCCAACCGAAAUUCAGCGCCUGUCUAAUGUUCAAGCUUGAUGUAAUUAAUGCAGGUAUCUGUACUGUUUAUCGUGUAUUAGUGAGAGAACAGGAACAGCAGAAAAGCCAUAUUCUGUUAUUACUGUAAGCCUUCUAAAGUAGCUAGCGUUAAUAUUACAUGUUAGCGAUGUUUUAGAUUAGCCAGACUAGCAGGCUAGUGCAUACAGACACCCACACAGGACAACAGAAACGAGUUACGUGGUCUUGUAAAAUCGUAUGCAGGACUAUAUCACAUAUUUCAUCAUUUGAUCAUCACACUAAUUGUUUAUUUCUUUUGAAUACAUUUUUUCUUAAUCUAGGAUUGAUAUUUAGGGUUCUUGGUUAAAUCGGAGCGAAAUCCUCGUUUAAUUCGUCAGGAGGCGCUAUUUCCUAAUAUAUCGGCCAUUGCUUUAAAUUCUCUAAAGACUAUAACAGUAAGUUAGUUUCUAGUGCUUUCACUGUACUGCUCGCAAACUACUUUUAAUAUAACUUAAAAAUGGCGCUUUGCUGAGGGUACGCACAGUAAACACACAUGACUCUCAACCACGUAUCUGUAUGGAUUUAACGUUAGCUAUUUUUCUGACUGAAAUCCAGAGUAAAAAAACUCAAGCGACUCAUUAAAAAGACUACACAAAUGCAGCAUUUAGCCUCGUGUAGAUUUCCAACACUGUAAAUGGAGCACGUUUAGGAUUCUCUAGUUCUCAAGACUUCUAGUUUUCUCGUUGUUGGAGUGCUGUAAGAUUUUCAGAGAAAGCACUGCACUGGACUUGAUAUAACGCAGUUGAUCAACACCGUCACACAACACUAGACCUCAAGCAGUUUGGACUGUGUGCCUCUUCCUCCAGACUUUGCUUCCUUGAUUUACAAAUGAAAUGUUAUAUCAAGUCCAAAGUCAGUGCAGUGUUUUUUUUUUUUUCUGGAAAAUCUUACAGCACUUCAUGCUUCCCUCUGCUGACAACUUUUAUGGAGAUAUGGAUUUCAUUUUCCAACAGGAUUUGGCACAUUGCCCACACUGCCAAAAGUACCAAUUGGUCUUGUAUAAUAUUCUCAUUUUCGGAGACUGAGAUUUUGGGGUUUCGUUGGCUGUAGGUAUAAAUAAACGCUUAAAAUAGAACAGUUUUGAUCUGAAUUACUGAAAUAAAGUACAUUUUCAUUGAUAUUCUAUUAUUUUGAGAUGCAUUUGUAUCAUCUGCAACAUCCUUUCGAGGAGCUGUUGAAGGUAGCAUCAGACAGCGGCUGCGCAGAAAAGUCUUGCUUGUGCUGCACUGUAUAGUAUUCGGAUCGUCCGUUUCCCUGCAAAGCUCUGAGCGACUUGUAUAGAAAUCAGCGUUUACGCAGCUUUACGUAGCGGACGCGCUUACGUCAUCAGCUGUGGGAGAAAACACAUGGCCGAAAGCGGAGUGAGGAACAGACAAAAAGUGUAGUUAUUUUGUGUACUUUAAGAUACAGUUCGAGUUAAUGACACUCAAACACUCAAAACAAACCAAUAAUAAAGAGAGUACGCUCUAUAAAACACAGUAUAACAGUUAAUAUUUGUUUAGCUGAACCAUGUUACGCUAGAUUGUUGCUUAAUGUUUAAAGCUAAUAUGAGUGUGUGAGAGAAUUUAUAUUAAACAUAAGACACUAUGAAGAACAGCAGAGGAAGACGAGCAAGGAAAAAGAGGAGAAAAAGAGAAGAGGCUCAAAGUGUUACAUUAUCACACGAAGCUCCGUUUGUGGAUCUAAGACGAUGGCUCACAAAGAAGGGGUUUAAUUCUCAGUCCCUAAUUCCAGCAAACUUCUCAGACACUGGAAGAGGGCUAAUGUCUACACAGCCUAUCAAGGCCAAUGAUGUGGUGAUUUCAUUACCUGAGAGGUGCCUGUUGACUACAAGUACAGUUCUGAAGAGUUACCUGGGAGAAUAUAUAAAGAGGUGGAAGCCCUCAGUAUCUCCACUGGUAGCCCUCUGUACUUUUCUUAUUGCUGAGAGACAUUAUGGAGAAGCAGCAGAUUGGAGCCCUUACAUUAGAGUCUUGCCCAAGUCCUACACGUGCCCUGUCUACUUCUCAGCUGACAUCAUGGAGCUAUUGCCUCGGGAUGUAUGGAAAAAGGCAGUGGAGCAAAAGGAACGAUUUCAGGAGCUUUAUUUCUCCUCACAGCCUUUCUUCUUAUCACUUCAGCCUCUUUUUACUCAGCCUGUGGAGAAUCUGUUUACCCAGGAUGCAUUUUGCUGGGCCUGGUGCAGUGUGAACACACGUACGGUGUAUAUGGAGCACGCCCAGAGCGAAUUUCUGUCAAGGGAGAAGGAUGUCUUUGCUCUGGCACCAUAUCUGGACCUACUCAAUCACUGUCCUACAGUACAGGUUGAAGCUGGCUUCAAUAAGCUUACGAGCUGCUAUGAGAUCCGAAGUAUCCAAGGAUGUAGAAAAUUCCAGCAAGCCUUCAUCUGCUAUGGUCCUCAUGAUAACCAACGACUCCUUCUGGAAUAUGGUUUUGUUGCCCACGGCAACAUACACAGCGUGGUCUACGUUGACUUAGGUACUCUAAAGUUGUGUCUGGAUGAAGGAGACAAACAACUACCUCAGAAGCUCCUGUUUCUGAAGAAGAAUGAUUUUUUAAGAAAUCUUACGUUUGGUGUAGAUGGACCAUCCUGGAGACUGAUGACUGUGCUUAGAUUACUGUCUCUAAAGCCACAGCAAUACUCCACCUGGAAGAAUGUCCUGUUGGGGGCAGCAGUGAGCCAAGAUAGAGAGGAGUGGCACAUUCAUACUGCUUUAACACUGUGCCAGCAUCUCAGUGACGACAAUGCCAGUGCAGUGGAGAGGUUAACUCUGCUAAAAGACGGAUCAGACCAGGCUCGACUUGAACAGCUCGGCGUGGUCGAGGGCCUGAGACGAGAGGAACGGGUGAUUCUGGAACACUCCAAAGACGUUCUCCGAAGCCUUCUGCCACAAUCUUCGCCAUGGCAACAGGACGGCAUUCAGAACAAGGAACGCUGAAGGAGCCAGAGGGCAUUGUCACUACUCGUGUUCCUGCCAAGACGUGGAGGAUUUGGCCAAAUCUGAGCAAAGGGAACUGGGAUAUUUCUUGGGCUGCACAAUAAUAGGCCUUGUACCCAUUCACCAAGUGCUGGAACCCCAGCUAGCGAGUGUGUCCAAAAUAGGCGAAGCGCUCGGCUGGAUUUACAACCAUCCCAGCAUGAAUGGGGAACAGGCAGCAGCAUGCCAGCUUGGGGACUGGUGAAGAGUGCAGGCGGAGAGAAUGAAAAGUAAAAAUAGAAUAGAAUGAUAAGAAAGGUUCCUGAAGCAUUGGCUCUCUUUAUAUCUCUUAACUAUACAUCAUGGAAGUGCUAGUUCUAAACACUGACAUUCUGAAAGUCAUAGGACAGCAGUAUGUAAAUAGUAUGAUCAUGUUAUCAUGUGUUGCCUCAGGGCAUUGCACAGGAUUCCUCACACCUGUAAGUUACGAGGUAAUAUCUUGUUUGUGUGGUUUAACACUAGCACUUAAGCCUCAACACAUCCUAAUUAUUUCAGUGGAGAGAGCUGCCACAUGGUUUGGUGCAUGCUGGGUCGCGUUGUGUUAAGUAGAACGCAGCUUUGCUGUCCGGCGAAAAACUUUAUUCAAAUGAAUCUGGCGGCCCGAGCUGUAUCCAGCCAAUAAGGGAACAGUAGGCUGCUACAUCACACACAUAUGAGCACACCACACACACUGAACAGGCGCCUUUUAACCACAGAAGAGAAGCUGAAAAUGGCGGAAUAUGGAUUUAUAGAACCAUAGAUAACAGUGAGAUUGAUUAAAAUUUUUUAAUCACAGGCUGCAUCUGUGAGCUGAUGUAUUGGAACCGAGUCAUUGCACUUCCCUCCAAACGCGCUGUGAUGCUACUCGGCAAUGCUGCAUCAGCAGCAGUUCAAAAAGAGGCGGUGGCUGACUUCACGUGUCGGAGGAGGCGUGUGCUAGUCUUCACACUUCAAGUGAUAGAGGGAGUUCUAAUAAGUGGGUUGGGUAAUUGUCUGUGUAAAUUGGCGAGAAAAUGGGAAAAAACAAAAAUUAAAAUCUUAAACUUAUAAUUGCCGAAUGUUUAAAAUUGAAUGUUCCAAGACCCACAGUGUCACUUGUGUACCAAGAGUACAUCACAGAAAGUAUUAACACCCACAGUGGACAGUCUGGCUAGAAUUGUGAACAGAAGAGCAGCUCUGGAUAGAAUUAUAUCCAUUUCUAAUACAGGAGGCCCCACACACAUAUCUCACAGGUCAGUGCAGAGAACUCUUUCUUCUAUGGGAUGUGGCACACAAUACUAUUUCGUAUAACAAGACUUCUGGCAUGUUAGUUCUACUACCAUGAUGUCAGGACUGAGAAUAACCUGAGUGCUUCCAUUCCACGUGUCCUGAGAGAUCCCAGCCACAAGAGUCAAGCUGUACUUGAAGCACAAAGAGCUCUUGAUACAG